AUGAGCUGCUAUUCGGACGACGAAGACGUCGAUGUGCGCAUUCGCCAUCACAUUUACCCUCCUAGGCCUACUCGACAUAUUGAGCGCCCUAGAAGCUACUAUGGCACGCCUGUUGGUCCUACUUAUCUGCUACCGGAACAACAUACAACAGUCGUGGCGCGUGCUCGGUCCCGUGAUAGAUAUCGGGAUCGUAAUAUCAGUCCCGCAAGCCCUGCCUUAGCGCCAGCACAUCCCGUGAUAAUCAACAACCGAAUCUAUAAUGAUUACUCGUCCGACGACGAAGCGGACUAUCGGCGACGCCCUCAAGUCGUUCAUUACCGCCGGGAUUCUGGUUCCAGGUCCCGGUCUCGAUCUCAUCUAACUCGAGAUGAAUGGGAAGCCGAAUUGGCGCGCCGUGAGCUUGAAAGACUUCGCCUAGAAAAUUCAAAAAGCAAUGAAGAACGUCGCAUAGCAAAGGAGGCACGAGAUAAGGCAGAUCUUCAUCGCGCUAAACUUGAACUUGAUGAAAUUAGGCAACGCGAGGCAAGAGCUGAAGAUGAGAAACGCAUCAAGAGAGAGUUAGAGUUGAAACGGCUUAAGGAGGAGGAGCAGGCAGCUGAGGAAAAUAAGCGCCGUGAGAAGGAAGCUGCAGAAGCAGUGGAGCGCUAUAAAAAGACAGAGGCUGAUCGUCUGGCCAAGGAGGAAAUACGCAAGGCCCAGGAGGAGAAAGAAUACAAGCGCAGGUUGCAAGAGGAUUUGCUUAAGUCUGGGCUAGACGAGAAGGCCAUCACAGCAAUCCUGGACGAAAAAAAAGUCCCAGAGGCCUCAGAGAGUGGUCAACGCCAAACGUAUACACGUAUGGCUCGUCGGCAUCUUUCUAUCGAGACCUUGCGUGUCUUUCAAGUCGACUUUGACAUCGAUACCGAUCCGGAAUACGUACUGAUAAAACGUUGGGUUCCUGAAUGGGAGCAGGAUCAAUUCUGGAAUCACACGAAGUAUGUCCGUGAAAAACGAAGAAGCACGUUAUUGAUUGAAGAGAAAUCAAAUCGCCGUCUGGAACCUCAGUUUGAGUGGGUUCGAAAGAAGCAUGAUCGAAAGAGGAGCAAGUCGCCCGGUGCUCUUAUUAUGUAUUUGGCGGGCGCUAAGCCUGCCUAG